GGGGCAGAUUCUUCUGAUGUCACAUGAUGCAUAAAAGGGUGCGCGCCAGUGGGGAAAACAACAGAAAUCAAAUACCGUGACCAUGAGCGGAAAGAUAGUCUUCUUCGAGGGGAGGAACUUCCAGGGCCGCUCGUAUGAGUGCAUCAGCGACUGCUCUGAAAUCGCCUCUCAUCUGGGCCGAUGCAGCUCCUGCAGGGUGGAGAGCGGGACCUUCAUGGUCUAUGACCAGCCCAACUACACGGGCCAGCAGUACCUCCUGACCAGGGGAGAGUACCCCGAGUAUCAGAACACCAUCGGCUUCAACGACUGCAUUCAGUCCUGCCGCAUCAUCCCUGCGCACAAGGGACCCUUUAAGAUGAGGAUCUACGAGAGGGCGAACUUCGAGGGGCAGAUGCAGGAAGUGAGCGAUGACUGCGACUCCAUCCAGGAUCACUAUCACAUGUCCGACAUGCAGUCCUGCAACGUGAUGGAAGGAUACUGGUUGAUGUUUGAGCAGCCGAACUACGAGGGCAGGAUGUUUUACCUGAAGCCAGGAAAGUACAAGAACCUCAGAGAGAUGAGCAGCGACGACAUGAGGUUCAACUCAAUCAGACGCAUCACAGAAUCUUAACUGUCUAAUCGCUUACAUCUCGCUAAUAGGUUUUGCAGAUGCUUUGUUUUAUUAACAUUAACAAGAUGUGAGAGGCAAAAAGAAGGAGCCUUGUUUUUAUCCUGAAACUGUGAUUUGUGCAUUGUUUGCAUGUAGUUCCAGUUGUACUGUGCAAUCCAGCCACGAUGAAUUUACCUCUAUAACUGUGUGACGCACAAUAAAAAUGAUUUGCCGCAUAUUUCGAGGGAAUUC